AUGCUGCCGCCCAACAGGUGUUACGGUUUCAACGCGACAAAAAGGCAACUCGUCUUCAAGCGGCGAGGCCGCGCGCUGCCGCGCCGGUCCGUCCACCGGCUGGCACGCAGCCCGUUCCAGGCCUCGCUGACGCCCGACGACACCAGCUCUCCCGCCUGUGCGGCGCCCGCGGAGGCCGGCGUGCGUGGCAAGAAAAUUCUGCAGGACCGCGUGCGGAAGCACGCGGAGCUCGACCGCGUGUGGUCCUUCCUCGUCGCGCGGCACGACGGCCUGGAAAGAGUCGAGGCGAAAAUACUUCGCGAGGUGCAGCAGCGCGCUCUGCAGCUCUUGCAGGGCGUGCAGCGAGAGAUGGCGCAGCGGGUCGUGGCCGCCACCGCCGCGCGCGCGGACGACGGGUGGCGCGGCGACGGGUGGCGUGGCAACGGCAACGGCGCGGGAGCGGUCGGACAUCGUUGA